UUUUAUAAAUCUAAAUAAGAGUAUAAUUGCUGAUAACAUCUUUUUUAGUAAAUGAAUUUUGGACGUGGUAUCGGGAUGUAGUAAACGGACUCCAUUAACGUGUACUUUAUUCUAUGUACUUACAUACUUGUACAUGAACAUACUUGAAUAAGAACAUAUAGACUAUCCACGAAUCUGAACUUUCAAAGAGAACUCCACCACCACCGGUUUUCUCUCUCUCCAGACAAAGCAACAUAUUUUUCUCAGGAUUGCUUGAAAACUGGAGAUCUUUAAGGUUAUAAAUCAAGAUUUGAGAGAGAGAGAAAGAGAGAGAGAGAGAGGUAACCAUAAGGAUUUGAGAGAGAAGAAGAAUGGUUACUCUAUCAGCUUGGCCUUGGGGAAACUAUGGCAAUCUAAAGGUUUGUUUUUUUUUUCUCUUAACAAGAACCAAAACUUUAAGAACAAGAACCAAACUUUAAUCUGAGUCUUAAUGUGUUAGUUUCUCUUCCGAAUCUUAUAUGGCUUUUGUAUGUCUUCUCUAUCUGUGAAGUAUCUUCUGUACGCUCCAUUAGCUGCACAAGUAGCGUAUUCGUUAGCAUACCAAGAAGAUUACUCGAGGGCUUUUUGGUGUCUCAAUAUCCUCAUCAUCUGUGGACUUAAAGGCCUCGUACAUGUCUUUUGGAGCGUAUACAACAACAUGCUUUGGGUGAGUCGUACACUAAGGAUUAACCCUAAAGGUGUUGACUUCAAACAGAUUGAUCACGAAUGGGACUGGGACAAUUACAUACUUCUGCAAGCAACACUAGCUACCAUGAUCUGUUACAUGUCUCCUCCGUUGAUGAUGAUUAACAGUACUAUCCCUCUGGCCAUCCCUCUGUGGAACACGAAAGGACUCAUCGUAUUGCUUGUGCUACACGUUACCUUCUCAGAGCCUUUAUACUACUUUCUUCAUAGAUAUGUUCAUCGUAACAACUACCUCUUCACCAAUUACCACUCUUUCCACCACUCAUCUCCUGUUCCAAAUCCCAUGACUGCUAAUAAUGCGACGCUAUUGGAAAGCCUUCUCCUCUGUGUAGUAGCUGGAGUUCCUUUGAUUGGUUCUUGCUUGUUAGGUGUUGGAUCAAUAAGCUUGAUCUACGGAUACGCUAUUAUGUUUGACUUCCUAAGAUGUUUAGGACAUUGUAACGUUGAGAUAUUCUAUCACAAGCUGUUCGAGACUCUUCCAAUCCUACGAUAUCUCAUCUACACUCCAACGUACCAUAGUCUGCAUCAUCAAGACAUGGAGACCAACUUUUGUCUCUUCAUGCCUAUCUUUGAUGUUUUAUGCAACACACUAAACCCAAACUCGUGGGAACUCCAGAAGAAGAUUCGUUUAGCUGCAGGGGAAAAGAAGAGAGUGCCGGAGUUUGUGUUCUUGGCUCAUGGGGUAGAUGUGAUGUCAGUGAUGCACGCACCGUUCGUGUUUAGAUCGUUUGGUUCAAUUCCAUACACCAUGCGGUUCUUCUUGCUGCCGAUGUGGCCAGUCACGUUCAUGGUAAUGUUAGGCAUGUGGGUUCGGUCAAAAACAUUUCUUUUCACCUUCUAUGCCCUCAGGAACCAUCUUUGCCAGACUUGGGCCGUUCCAAGACUUGGCUUCCACUACUUCUUACCGUUUGCUAAACAAGGCAUUAAUAAUCAUAUAGAGGCGGCAAUUUUGAGAGCUGAUAAGCUUGGUGUUAAAGUUAUAAGCUUGGCUGCUCUGAACAAGAACGAAGCUUUAAAUGGUGGUGGAACGUUGUUUGUUAACAAGCACCCUGACCUUAGAGUUCGUGUGGUCCACGGCAACACUUUAACCGCAGCAGUGAUUCUCAAUGGAGUUCCAAAAGAUGUGAAAGAGGUGUUCUUGAUAGGAGCCACUUCUAAGCUAGGACGAGCCAUCGCUCUUUACCUCUGUCGUCGGGGAGUGAGAGUUCUUAUGUUGACAUUAUCGGUGGAGAGAUUCCAAAAGAUUCAGAAAGAAGCUCCUUCUGAGUUCCAGAAGUACCUCGUACAAGUGACCAAAUACAACUUUGCCCAACACUGCAAGACUUGGAUCGUUGGGAAAUGGUUAACGCCGAGGGAGCAGAGUUGGGCUCCUGCAGGAACGCAUUUCCACCAGUUUGUGGUGCCACCAAUCCUCAAGUUUAGAAGGAAUUGUACUUACGACGAACUAGCAGCAAUGAGGCUCCCAAAGGACGUUCAAGGACUCGGAACCUGUGAGUACACGAUGGACAGAGGGGUGGUCCAUGCGUGCCAUGCUGGAGGAUUGGUUCAUAUGCUGGAGGGUUGGGAGCAUCAUGAGGUUGGAGCCAUUGACGUUGACCGUAUUGAUCUGGUGUGGGAAGCAGCCAUGAGACACGGUCUUAGCUCUGUAUCUUCACUCACAGAUUGAGUGGGAGAUGUCUUUGAUUCUUCCAAGAUUGGCCAUUCUUUGUACAGGUGAAAAAUGCAAGCAUGGAAAACAAGUUGAAUUUCACCUUAUGUUAUUGAUUCACCUUUUAAAAAAAUGUAUUUUAUGUUCCACUGAAAUAGAUGUUUUACGAUUUUCACACACUUCAAAAAAAGUUUUGUCAUACCAAAAAGAAAGCUUUUUAAUAUCAUAAUUUCAAAAGAACUAAUUAAUCAUAGAUAUUAACUGUUUUAAUUUAAUAGGAUAAAAUGGAUACAUAAUAAUUGGAAUAUUUGAAAACAUAAAAAGCUUCUACUUCUGUGAAAAAAUUAAAAUUUCAAAAAUCACGGGAAUACUCCACUUUUAAAAUUUUCCUCAAUUUUUCUCAAUAUUUAUUAUAUAUAUGUAUCUGACUGUUCCUUUUGUCGGCUGACGUCAAAAAAAAAAAAAAAAAAACUUUUGUCAACUUACUCAUUUUUCUUUUGUAAUCACUACUCAUAAUGACAAGGACGGGUCAUGAACAUAGGCUGUUGAUAGCCCCUAAAGUUUCAAAAGCGGUGACUUACAUUUCUUUCUUCCGAGAUGAUUGUAAGGCUCUCCUUGGUCCUUGGAACCUCGUCUGAAGCAGAGAACCUUUCAGGAUUCUUGAUCAUCUGACUCGAGGAUAAUAUUACUCACCUGUGAAACCAAUGCAUGUGAAAUAGACUCAUGCCUAAGCAAAGACCAUUUAGAUCCCUUGGCAACAUCUCUCGACUCUGAAACCUCUCGAACAUGAUCGUCUAUUCUCCUGAUCUCUUCCCAACACGCGCUCAAGUCUUGACGAGGAGAUAAAGAACCACUCUCAACACCUUUCUUCUCCUCGGCAUGAACAUCAGAGCAGCCAAGGCUGAGUAAUUUUCAUCUGUAAGCUUGAACCUGAAACUCGAGACGCCAUCUCCAUUUCCUUUCGGUAAAUCAGAUCUUCGAAGAGCGUCAGAGAAGUCUCAGCGUGGCACAUCUUCUCCUCAGCCAUCCUAUUGUAGUGACUAGCCUCCAUCUCCAACGCUGCUUUCUCUUCCUGAAGGCGUAGAAUCAUCGACACGGCUUCGGAAGCAGCCGACGAAGAGGCUUCGCGUUCAGCGUCCAGCUCAUGAGUGAUCUUCUUAAGAAGCUCCUGCUGCGCCCGCAUGGUUUCUCCGUUGCCUCCCACCCCUAGACUCAUCGUAUAUGUUAGUUUAUAAUUGAGUUUGGAAUGAUU